AUGGAUGCGGCUCCAAAUUGCGCCAUCUGCAACGCUCCAGCGUACUCAGAAUGCUCAUGCGAAUCCGAGCGACUGCAAAUCGCAGUCCACCAGGCCGAACAGCGGGCCAUGGAGGCGAGAUUGGCGGAGAUAAGGGACUGGGUCAUUGCGCACGCUCGCAUGCACAUUCUGGGCGCCUUUGAGCGACUGAAGACGACUCGCAAACAGGCACAUUCCGCCUAUCUCGCAUCGUUACCUUACUACACCGUCUAUAUGCAAUACUCUGGGCACCCGCCGAUACAUCCAAUGGCUAUUGCACAGUUGCAGGCCCAGAUUGGCGAGGCACACGCUGAAUUGAAGAGAGGUAUCGAUGCCGAUUGGCGAGCAUCGGUCCUCCGCUAUCCAGAAGUCCUGGAUUAUUUCUACAGUCUAGUGGAGGUGCGGAUGCCGAGCGAUAGGUCACCCCGUGUUAGAGAACCUCCAUUUGCCGUCGCGGGAUAUGCAGACCGAGGGUAUGACCAUUCAAGGCUAGAGAAGGAAAUGAAGAAGAGGAAGCAAAGGCGUGAGAGAGAGGGCUCUGUUGGUCUGAGAGAAGAUCAGGUAUACUCAGCGGUGGGCCGGCAUUUGAGGGGCCCACCUCCUGUGCCGACACCUCCCGUAGGUGGAGGCUAUCCUCCUCCACCUGGGAGGUACAAUUAUUGA